GACGUGUUCCUUCUUCCACACACGAGUCGUCCUCUUCUUUCUAAUGGAUUAGACGCUCAAACGCAAUCACCACAGCAAAAGGUUGCAACUUUUCAACAAUGUCACUCUCUUUCUCUUCUUCUUCCUUAACCGUUUCCCUCACUCGCGAGCUUUCUUCUUCAUCCUUCUCUCCAGCAACCACCACCCGUUCCUUCUUCUACCGCACCAGACCCGCUUGUUCUCCUUCCACUAUCACGUGCUUCUCCAAUUCCAAGAACCACCUUGCGAGGGCCAUCGAGCUCGCAAAGGAACUGGUGGCAGGCCAGCGUGACACGUCAGCAUCAGUAGCAGCAGAAGCUAGUUUUGUGAAGCAGUUGAAGUUGAAGAAUUUGGUUCCCGCCAUAAUUGUGUCGGUUCAGAUCACUCUUUUGCUUCCUUUAGUUGGACCAUGGGAUUGUUCAGGGUCGUAUCUGUCACCUUCUGCAAUGGCGAUUCUGUAUUCACCGGAUACCAAGGUUCCCAGAACCGGAGAAGUUGCUUUGAGAAGGGCUAUUCCUGCAAACGCUAACAUGAAAUCCAUUCAGGAUUCUCUGGAAGAUAUUUCGUACUUGUUAAGGAUCCCACAGAGGAAACCAUAUGGAACAAUGGAGGGGAACGUGAAGAAAGCAUUGAAGAUGGCAGUAGAUCAAAAGGAGUCUAUACUUGCAAGUAUACCAGCAGAAUUGAAGGAAAAGGGUUCUUUGGUACAUGCAUCUCUAAUAAAUGGAAAGGGUGGGUUGCAAGCACUUCUACAAUCUAUAAAGGAACAGGAUGCAGAUAAAGUAUCUGUGAACCUUGCUUCUGCACUAGAUACUGUAGCAGAGCUAGAGUUAUUACAGGCUCCAGGAAUAUCUUUCUUGUUGCCACAGCAAUAUGUGCAAUACCCACGGCUUUCAGGGAGAGGAACUGUUGAGUUUACCAUUGAGAAAGGAGAUGGUUCAACAUUUUCUCCAGUUGGUGGUGAAUCAAAAAAAACUGCCACCAUUCAGGUUGUUAUUGAUGGAUACUCUGCUCCAUUAACUGCAGGGAAUUUUGCAAAACUGGUGAUGGAUGGAGCUUAUGAUGGUGUGAAGCUCAGCACUUCCAACCAAGCUAUUCUAUCAGAUAAUGGAGCUGAUAAGAACAGUGGUUUCAGUGUUCCCUUGGAAAUAAUGCCCUCUGGACAAUUCGAGCCCCUUUACAAAACAACGCUGAGUGUGCAGGAUGGAGAACUUCCAGUUCUUCCUCUAUCUGUUUACGGGGCAGUAGCUAUGGCGCAUAAUGAAGUCUCUGAUGAGUAUUCAUCGCCUUAUCAGUUUUUCUUCUAUCUCUAUGAUAAACGAAGUGCUGGCUUGGGAGGGAUAUCAUUUGAUGAAGGACAAUUUUCGGUUUUCGGAUACACGACUAAUGGGAGAGAUAUCCUACCCCAGAUAAAAACUGGUGAUAUUAUUCGUUCUGCAAAGCUUGUCGAAGGUCAAGACCGCCUUGUAUUGCCAAAGGAUAGUUAAGUUAGAUCUCUUGGUCUUUUGCCCAUGCAGGGAACAAUCAUUCAUUCUUUUGUAAUACCAUAUGUAUGCCGCUAAUGGAACCAGCCUGAUUUUCAUGAUUCAGGUUGUGUUCUAAGUUACUUCAUUAUAAAUGAGAUGGUUGAAAUUUGUUGUAAAGUGGAAGUGUUCCUGACAACGCGGAGGGAAAAAAAAUUCAAAAUUGUCUAUAUAUUUUGGUUAGGCAAGUCCAAA